GAGUAGGCGGUAGUUUUAUACAUAUUUGUAAUAAAUUUCAAUGAAAAAGGAGCAAAAUUCUGGAUUGAUUUUAUCUGCAUAGUUUUGAAGGUACCUCUGUGUAGCAGACGAGUGCACUCAAAAACCCAGUAGAUCCCAGUAGAUUCGGAGGCGGCACAGGACAGAGCGCCAGAAUACACGAUGGCCGAUCAAAUGGUGGUGAACACGACGUUGCCAAUGGCGGGGCGGCGCCUUGACCGGGAUGUUAACCGGCUGCUGGCCUCGGGCUACCGCACCACCGUCGACGACAACAUGGCCAAGCUGGAUGUUUGCCUCGAGGGGCCACUGGGCAGCGCCUACGAGGGCGGCGUUUGGACGGUCAAUGUGGUCAUGCCGCAGGAGUAUCCGCUGAAGGCGCCGCGCGUUCGCUUUGUCACCAAGAUCCUGCACCCAAACAUCGAGUUCAUCACGGGCCUGGUCUGCAUGAAUGUGCUUAAGCAGGCCUGGUCAUCCAGCUAUGACCUGGUCAAUAUAUUCGAGACCUUUCUGCCACAGCUGCUGCGUCACCCGAAUCCGCACGACUCACUGAAUCACCGGGCCGCCGCCAUCAUGAAGCACUCGGAAAAACUAUUCCGCGAGCACGUCAUCCUUUGCAUGAAGACAUACGCCAUGCCCGCCAUCCUUCCGACAAGACAACUGGUGCAGGAGGGACUCGAGAAACGUUCCUCGGAUCUCAGCCUAUCCGACCUGCUGACGGACUCGGAUGAUGACGUGGAUGGAAGCGGGAACAACGCACACAUCGCCCAACCAUGAUCAAGCUAACUAUUGAGUAUUUGGAAGGUCUUCUUUGUGUCUGUGUAUGAGAAUAGUUUGUAUAUGGGCAAAUAUAUCGAAAUUUGGAGUAAUA